GUUUAUCUCAUCACAGCAAACAGGAGACACAAAAAUGGAAACAAUAAAAAAAAGUAGAAUGGAAACCGAUUUCACAUCCGCGACUGAAACUCUGUGAAACCCUCCAAACACAGCAUUUCCGCAUUUUAGCACACUCAACAAAAGAAAACUGAAUAAAGACGCCUUCUUCUUCUUCUUCUUCUCUCGUAAGAGCGAAACCAAAUAUGAGUGUUAGUGACUGAGUUACUAUCAAUCUCGACCGUCCGUUUUCUCAGCUGAUUUAUUAAACCACCGCCGUGGAUGGGCAACACAGCUUCCACGGCCGCCGCCGCCGUCGCUAGUCGCCGCGAGAGCGCCGCUGUUCAAGGAAACCGUUCCGGAAUCUCGUCCAAGUCCAGAUCUGUUUCUUCCUCGGUCUCUCCGAUGAUCUCUUCCACCGUGAACUCCGUUGACGACGACGGCGGAAGCCGCCGUGACUUCGUUGAGCCUGAUUACAUCUCCGAUCUUCCCGACGAGUGCUUGGCUUCGGUGUUCCAGUCGCUAAGCUCCGCGGAUAGGAACCGGUGCUCGCUCGUUUGCCGGCGGUGGCUCCAGAUCGAAGGCCAGAGCCGUCACCGCGUCUCGCUGAACGCGCAAUCAGAGCUUUUGCCGGCAAUACCGUCGCUGUUCUCGAGGUUCGACUCCGUUACGAAGCUGGCGUUGAAGUGCGACCGCAGAUCCGCGAGCAUCGGCGACGAUGCUCUCGUCUUAAUCUCGCGGCGGUGCCCUAAUCUCACGCGCCUCAAGCUUCGCGCGUGCCGUGAGCUCACUGACGCAGGCAUGGAGGCGUUCGCGAAGAACUGCAAGGGUUUGAAGAAGCUUUCGUGCGGAUCUUGCAUGUUCGGAUCCAGAGCCAUGAACGCGGUCCUUGAGAACUGCGGUUCGCUCGAGGAGCUCUCCGUCAAGCGCCUUCGUGGUAUUACGGACGCCGCGGCGGCUGAGCCUAUCGGUCCAGGCACAGCUGCGCAAUCACUUCGUACGAUCUGCCUGAAGGAGCUCUACAACGGACAGUGCUUUAGUUCGCUGAUUCUCGGCGCAAAGAAUCUGCGAACCUUGAAGCUUUUCCGGUGCUCUGGUGAUUGGGACAAGCUAUUCCAGCUCAUCGCGGAGCGCUCCGCGGGCGGCAGCGGUGCUCCUAGCAUCGUAGAAAUUCACCUCGAGAGGCUUCAGAUUAGUGAUGUUGGCUUGCAAGCAAUUUCUAAUUGUUCGAAUUUGGAGAUUUUGCACCUUGUUAAAACCCCUGAGUGCACCGAUGUAGGCUUAAUUGCUAUUUCUGAGAGAUGUAAGCUUCUAAGGAAGCUUCAUAUAGAUGGUUGGAAGGCUAAUCGAAUUGGUGAUGAAGGUUUAAUUGGUGUUGCUAAGGGUUGCCCUAAUUUGCAGGAAUUGGUGCUUAUUGGUGUUAACCCUACGAAAUUGAGUUUGGAGAUGUUGGCUUCGAAUUGCUUGAAUCUAGAGAGGUUGGCUUUGUGUGGGAGCGAUACAGUUGGUGACCCUGAGAUAUCUUGCAUUGCUGCGAAAUGUGUGGCUUUGAAGAAACUUUGCAUCAAGGGUUGCCCUGUUUCGGAUCAUGGGAUGGAGGCAUUGGCUAGUGGAUGUCCAAAUUUGGUGAAGGUGAAGGUGAAGAAGUGUAAGGGUGUUACAUCUGAGGGUGGGGAUUGGUUGAGGCAGAUUAGGGUGUCACUUGCAGUGAAUUUGGAUACUGGCGAUACGGAUCAUCAAGAUGCAAGUGCUAGUGAUGGUGGAGCACAGGACAAUGGAUUGGAGUUUCCUCCAAUGGCUGCCCAUAAUGCCGGAGGAGCCGGAGGAGGUGCAUCAGCCGGUGUUGCUUCGAGUAGUACCGGUCGAUCUACUUCAUUUAAGUCGAGGUUAGGGCUUUUGUCCGGGAGGAGUUUAGUAGCUUGCACUUUGAGAAAGUGGACUGGUGGUAACACCAGUGCCCGGCAUGGUUAGAGACAGAAUAAAAAAGGCAUAAGCAAGAACCCUAGUCUCUGACCAUCUUUCAUUGUUUUGUGUUUGCAUCACUUGAUUCUCUUAUUUUCUUGUAUUUAAAAAACCUGAAAUUUAUGCUGUGUGAUGUUAACUGCCUCCUUCUGAAUUGAAUCUUCAUAGUCGGAAGUGACAAUCACAUUGCUUUUGAUUUCUUUCUGUUGGUGUACUAGUUGAUGCUUUACUUGAUUUGAUAAACUCAUUGACUUGUCCCCA